UCCACUGCAGAGACCCCAACACAAGCAAAGCGACAUGGUCCAUAAAACUGUGGUUGUGGCUCUGGCGGUGCUGUUAGUGGCAGCAGUCGGGACUUUUGUGGGUGUCUUCUUUGGUGUGGGGAGCAGGAAGCCUCCAACUGAACACUCAUACUGGAGGGCAGCUGUGGCAGCAGAUGCUGGACCGUGUUCAGAAAUUGGCAGAGACACGCUGAAGAGGGGAGGCUCGGCAGUGGACGCUUGUAUAGCUGCCUUGUUGUGCGUCGGAUUAAUGAACGCUCACAGUAUGGGCAUCGGAGGAGGGCUGUUCAUCACCGUCUAUGACGCCCAAACUGGAAAGGUAGAGACCAUUGACGCAAGGGAGACGGCUCCACGUAACGCUACGCAAACCAUGUUUGGCAGCAGCGCGGAGGCCUCCCAGAAAGGGGGGUUAUCCAUCGCUGUGCCGGGGGAAAUUCGAGGAUAUGAAAUGGCGCACAGACGUCAUGGCAAGCUGCCAUGGAAAGAGCUGUUCCAGCCAAGCAUCGAGCUGGCACGAAACGGAUUUCCACUGGGCAGGGCGCUGGCCACUGCUGUAUCCAAGCACAAGGAGACCAUCAUCAAUGACACAGCAUUCUGUGAGGUGUUCUGUGGGCCAAACGGUGACGUGUUAAAAGAAAACGACACCGUCAUUUUCACAAAGCUUGCAGAAACCUAUAGAAAAAUAGCCGAGGAAGGUCCAGAUGUAUUCUACCAUGGACCAUUAGCUAAUGACCUGGUGACUGAUAUCCAAGCUUCAGGUGGUAUCAUCACAAUGGAAGAUCUCUGGAAUUACAAGCCUGUCUUGGAUGAAAACCCCAUUCAGGUGAACGUGGGGGGCUACACGAUGGCGGUUCCCAACGCCCCUGCCAGCGGCCCGGUGCUUUCCCUGGUAUUAAACAUUUUAAAUGGGUACAACUUCACCUCAGAGAGUGUGUCAAGUCCUGACAAAAGAAGUCUGACCUACCAUCGAAUUGUAGAGGCCUUUCGUUUUGCUUAUGCGAAGAGGACCCUACUAGGAGAUCCAAAGUUCCUCAACAUCACACAUCUCAUCCAUAACAUGACCUCGGUUUUCUUUGCGAGUGACCUCCGUGAAAAGAUUACAGACAACACCACACAUCCCAUGGACUACUACGGACCAGAAUUCUACAUGCCCGAGAACCACGGGACCUCGCAUAUCUCAGUAGUAGCCGAGGACGGCAGCGCCGUGGCGGCCACCAGCACGAUCAACCAAUACUUCGGAUCCAAAAUCAUGUCCAGGUCGACAGGAAUUGUCCUCAACAACGAGAUGGACGACUUCAGCUCCCCCAACAUUACCAAUGGCUUUGGAGUGCCUCCUUCACCGAGCAACUUCAUCAGACCAGGGAAGAGGCCCAUGUCCUCCAUGUGCCCAGCCAUCAUCUUCGACAGGAGCAACAGAGUUAAGAUGGUGGUGGGCGGUUCGGGGGGAACAAAAAUUACCACCUCUGUUGCUCAGGUGAUUCUGAACGCCUUGUUUUUUAACUAUGAUCUGGAGGAAGCCGUGUCCCAACCAAGACUCCACAACCAGCUGAGUCCAAACACUACAUUUGCAGAGCCUGACUUUGACAAAACGGUGCUGAAAGGCCUGGAGGAGAGGAACCACGAAGUAGAACUGCUGAAGUCAACAGGGGCCGUGGUCCAGGCGAUAGUCUGUGAUGGUGACCGAGUCCACGCUCAGUCAGACCCAAGGAAGUGGGGUUAUGCUGCAGGGUAUUCGGGCUCUCCACGUGCACCUCAUUAA